AUGCAUCCAGCUUCCAACUUGACUGAGGCACCGCCCAACAGUGACAGUUCUCGCGGUGCCCUGGCCACCAGCCCCAAACACCAUGUCAGCUCGAAUGCCCCCGAGAACCAUGUCUCGUCCGACGGCACCUCUCCGCCCGCGCGGAAAGACACCAACUCGUCGAUAUCCACUUCGGCAACCACCAUGACCUCUGCAACCAUUGUCACGGAUGAUACGCCAGGAUCUCCAUACAGCAGCGUGGCGUCAUCGCCGACCUUUGCAGCCCACGGUGCGUUCUCCGCCAGGGACGGUAGCAAUGCGGCCCCGCAGCGCCGUGCUAGCCGCCGUAGGACCGGGCCCCUCACUGCCGUCCAGCGCGAACGGGCUCAUUUGAUCCGUAAGAUGGGUGCUUGCUCGGAUUGUCGUCGGAGGCGGGUCGCGUGCCACCCGAACCAUCACAACAUGACGUGGGAGGAUGCUGCAAAGAGGUUCAGAUCAGUCGAUUCAUCCAGUCAGACGCUAUCUGCGCUCGCCGGACCGCAGCUCAGCCCGGCGCCACUGAAUCCUCGGGGAUCCUUCUCACAGGACCCUCGAGAAAUGGAUCUGGAUACUUCGCCAACACAGCAGCACCCCCAGUCACUGAGCGAGUCACGCAUCAGGACUCCCCUCCCGUCGGCACCACGCCCAGAGAAGCACGCGAAUAUGCCCCAUUUGCCCGGAUUUGAGGCUUUCAGAGCGGACCUGCAGGGAAGUGCAGACCGCAUUCUGGCCAGCCCUUACCGCAGCCGCUACGCCAAUGUCUCGGUCCUCUUGGUAGGAUGGCAGGAUGACCCGGAUACUGGGGCCCAGGGCGCUAUCCACGAGCUGGCCAAGACGUUUCACGAGGACUACAAUUACUCAGUCCAAGUCAAGUCGAUCCCUACAUCGACCGAAGCAUCUAGGAGCCCUUGGCUAUGGCUCUCCCAGGCAGUCACAGACUUCGUCGCAGACCAUAACCAGCGCGACUGCCUCAAGAUCUUCUAUUACAAUGGGUACAGCUACCUAGACGAUAACCGAGACGCGGUUCUUGCCAGCUCCAAGCAUGCCGACCAUGUCUCGGCAAUUCGUUGGAGUGCCAUUCAGCAAUACUUUGAGAACGCUCGCGCCGACGCUCUGCUCAUCAUGGACUGUGCGUAUUUCCCGUCCUACACGACUGUCCGACGGCAAGGCAUGCUGGAAUUGAUCGCUGCGUCCGCGGGCGAGGAUCACGUCGGGCUGCUCGGUAGAAGCGCCUUCACCCGCGCUCUGACCGACCAGCUCCGGACGAGGGCGAUACAGCCGUUCAAGGAGCCGUUUUCUGCAGCUGAACUUCACUCCAGACUGCUUUCAUUGUAUCCAAGGAUAAUACAAGAACAGAAUCCCCAGAGGGAGGUCGUUUCGAAAUUUCCCACGCCGCUGAGCAUGCAGCUCUCCGGCACCAAAACGCUGCCAUCCAUCCUGCUCGCUCCCCUACGGCUCGGAGAAGCCCCUGCUCCUCCCUCAAGCGGAUCGCAGAUCAGCAUCACGUUUCGGUUGGCGGACGACGCGUUCAACAUGGACAGCUGGGCCGAAUGGCUCCGCUCGAUGCCCGAAGGCAUCACAGAAGCGAGGGUUGAUGGACCUUAUCGCAAUACGUUUCAAUGA